AUGACUGAUCAACAGCUCGAGCGCACCUUCAACUCGCUCAACCUUGGCGAUUCGCAGCAGGAGGCCCAACACUACGCCUCUUCCCAGAGGCAGCAGGGCUCGGCUUCCCUGCGGUCGCCCACCGGCCUCGGCCCCACCGACCUUUCAGGGCACAGCAACGGCUUCUCGCAGCAACAGCAGCAGCAGCAGCAAGCGUCCGCGGCGGCCGCCCAGAGCGCCUCGGCUCGCUUUGAGCGCUUCUUUCCCUCGUCUUCGCCCGGUCAGACGGCUGCGCAGCCGUCCGGUCUUGCCUACAAUAGCAACCUCGGCGCCAAUGGCGGCCUCGCCGGCAACAGCGCCUUUGGCGGCUUCGGCCACAACCUCGGAGCCGGUACAAUUGGAGGAGCUUCGAGCGGCAGCGGCAACUUUGGCUCGACUGCCGGUGCACGCAAGACUUCGCGCGCAGGCAUCCCUUCGCAGUGGGGCUCAAACACCGACCCUUCGCUGAGCCCAGCCUCGGGAGACUCGCCGCCGACGUCGAUGGCGUCGCCGGCCAGCUUCUACCAAUCGCACGCUGGCGCCAACUUUGGCCAGCCGGCCCCCGGCUCUCUGCUCGCCAACCCUGGGAUCGAAGACGACAUCAUCCCCACCGCCAUCGUCGUCAAGAACAUCCCCUUCAGCGUCAAGAAGGAGCAGCUGCUGCAGAUCAUUGAGGACCUUUCUAUCCCGAUGCCGUACGCUUUCAACUACCACUUUGACCAGGGCGUCUUCCGCGGCCUUGCUUUUGCCAACUUCCGCACUGGCGAGGAGGCCGACGCAGUCGUCGCCGCCCUCAACGGCUUCGACGUCAGCGGGCGCAAGCUCCGGGUCGAGUACAAGAAGGUGCUGCAGGCCGGUGAAAAGGAGCGGAUCGAAAAGGAGAAGGCCAUUAAGCGGAUGCAGAGCAUGCAGCUCGAAAAGGAGCGCGAACGCGAGAGGCGGCGCCAGGAAGAGUAUGGCGCCAACGCCUACCUCAUGCCCGGGGCAGCCGUGCAGGGCUACAUGCCCAACGCCUUUGGCGACGUGAGCAACGGCCAGUCGCACGCCUUCGAUGGCGGCAGCAUGGGAGGCCCUCGCGCCCCGCUCACUGCCGACACUCUCAAGGCGGUACCCAGCGCCUCCAGCGGGCCUGCCAUUGGCGCUCCCUCGGAACUGUCCUCGAACGCGGCGGCCAACGCCAAGAAGGAAGAGCUGAACCUCAACGACGCUGCCACGCUCGAGAUCUACUCGAGGGUGCUUCUGUUCAAGGACGACCGCAUGCGCGACGAGCUCUCGUUUUCGCGGAGCCUCAGCCCGCUCGAAAGGCGCACGGUCCAUCUGGUGGCGCAGAGGCUUGGUCUCUACCACUAUUCGAUGGGCGAGGGCGACGAGCGCUACGUCAUUGUCACCAAGAACGAGGUGCCCGCCCAGAACAAGCCUCUCCGCACCCAGGCCUCGACCAUCGGACGCUCGCACCGCGGCGGCGGCGACAUCUAUGGCAACGGCAUGCUUGCACCCGGAAGCAGCGCCACAAUGGGCCGAUCUGCGCUCCGCAUGAAGAAGUCAGCCCCAGACAUGAAGCGGGCCCUCGGAUCGGACCGUGACGGCGUAUCGAACGGAACCUACAGCUCCGGGAUGCUCGCACCCGGCUCAAACAGCCUCGCCGGACGUCGCUCGCAGGUCAACCUGCGCGAAGGCUACUCGGCGACGAUGGGAAGGCGGCCGCAGGCGGGCGGCGUUGGAGGGGCUGCCGGUCUGCAGAGCCUCUUCGCUUCUCCUUUUGACGUUCCCCCUGUCCCGUCGCUCGGCAGCUCUGGCAUGGGAGACGGCAGCAACGGCGCCAACGGAUCGUCGCCCGGCUCCAACCUCCUGCGACAGCCUCGCGGCCCGCCCACCCCUGGCUCUUCGGAGUCGAGGAACUUUGCGCACCGCUCCCGUGUCCAGGUCAACGGCAACGGCAACGGCAACGGCAGCAGCGCGACGAGCCCGCAGGCGUCCACGUUCCGCCUCCACGUCGACGACAGCAAGGCCCAUGGCCACUCGCACAUGGGCUUGGCCGACGUCGAGGCGACCACCCACUCGCCGCUCGAGAUCUGA